CACGACCACCCCUGCAAUCUGUACAACACUCAUCCACACCCCUGCCACAAGCAAGCAAACGGUGCAAAAUGCCAGCUCCUAGCGACAUCCUUUCCGACCAAGACAUCAGCAAGGCCUACGAGGAUGUCAGAAGCGACAAAUCUGAGACCACGUGGCUUGUUCUAAAAUAUGAAUCCGCGACAAAGGACAACCUGAAGCUGGCUGGUAGCGGCACAGGCGAUAUUUCCGAAAUGGUUGAGACUUUGGGCGAUGAUGAGGCGGCGUACGGAUACGUGCGCAUGAAGUUAGGCAACGAUGAGUACUCCGAACGAGUCAAAUUUGCGUUUGUUGUCUGGGCGGGUCCCAACACCAAGAUCAUGCGAAAAGCCAAGAUGAGCUUCCAAAGUGGGCAGGUCAAGCAAGUCAUCCGAACAUACGCAGUAGAGAUUCAGACAAGUGACAAGAGGGAGCUGGAGGCAAACACAGUCACUAUGAAGCUGCGAAAAGCUAUGGGCGCUAACUACGAUCGACAAGGCUCAAACUACUGAUUAUUCCCCUGCAAUAUCCUCUAUUUACUACUAGUGUAUUGCUAGACCUAGAUCGAAGACAAGCAAUGGCCAGGUCAUUUUGGGCAAAGGCCUAAACAUCAAUUCGUCGGGCGAAAGCAAAAAUUACAAGCAUAUCAAAAACCCUGUCGGGAGUACUGGUCCACGUCAGAGGCUCCGAUAGCGUUUAUGCUCCACUGGAAAAAGAAAUAAAGACCAUAAUCAAUACCCCACCCGAAAUCAUCACAUUCUGG